UGGCGCUAACGUACGAUGAGCUCCGUCGUUAGCACCUGCACCCGGAUAACGCUUCUUCUUCCAAACACCUCAAUUCUGUACUCAUUCCCCUUCUCAUCAUACCAAUUCGUCUUGCCAUGUUUGCUAGACAGGUAUUCCGCCCAGCCAGGACGCUGCAACAGCAAGUCCGCCGUUACGCAUCCGAGGCGCCCAAGAGCGGCAACAAUGGCAUUCUCUACACGGGUAUCGGCGCUGCUGGUCUCGCUGGUGCCUACCUGUACAUGAGGGGCGGCGACGCGCCGUCAGGGCAGAAAGGCAAUGCGCCGCCCUCAGAAGAGGCCAACAAGAUCCCCGCUUCCACCGGCUCCGUCAAGAAAGCCUUCACUGGAGGCGACCAGGGCUUUGUGUCGCUUGCGCUGGAGAACAUCGAAGUCGUCAACCACAACACCAAGAAGCUCCGCUUCAAGCUGCCGGAGGAGGACAUGGAGAGCGGAUUGCCUGUCGCAUCGGCUGUUAUUACCAAGUACAAGGGCCCCGAGAUGCAGAAGCCAGUUAUCCGACCCUACACCCCGAUUAGCGACGUGGACCAGAAGGGCUCCGUCGACUUCAUCAUCAAGGCCUACCCCAACGGCCCCAUGUCUCAGCACAUGCACAACAUGGAGCCAGGCCAACGGCUAGACAUCAAGGGUCCCAUCCCCAAGUUCCAAUGGAAGCCCAACAUGCACGAGCACAUUGCCCUAAUCGCUGGUGGCACCGGUAUCACACCCAUGUGGCAAACCGCACGACACAUCUUCCGCAACCCCGAGGACAAGACCAAGGUUACGCUCAUCUACGGCAACGUUUCCGAAGAGGACAUACUGUUGAAGCGCGAGUGGGAGGAGUUGGAGAACACAUACCCCCAGCGCUUCCGCGCUUUCUACGUUCUGGACAACCCGCCUGAAUCAUGGCAAGGCGGCAAGGGACACGUUACCAAGGAGCUCUUGAAGACUGUUUUGCCUGAGCCCAAGGAAGGCGACAAGAUCAAGCUGUUCGUAUGUGGACCACCAGGCAUGUACAAGGCUAUCAGCGGAGGCAAGAAGAGCCCGUCCGACCAGGGCGAGCUUGACGGCAUGUUGAAGGAGCUUGGCUACAGCAAGGACCAGGUCUACAAGUUCUAAACGUAUGUAAAUAUAGAAGUGUACGAUACCUGAUAGUCUCUACCAUUAAAUGUAUUUGCAAGAGCGAAUGUAGACAUAUAGAGACGCGACUUUCACUAUCCCCGGCCCAACAUCUGCUUCCAUAUAAUAUCGCGGAGACGGCGAACAGCACUAUGGCCAAAUCUAUCCGUAUCACGAAUACGCUCACCAUAAAGGGG